AUGUUCUCAAAGGCAGAAGUAGUAAUAGUUCUAACUGGUACGAACCAUUUUAGACCAAACGAAAUUGUGAAAGGUGAGGUAGUGGUGACAGCUAAGAAGGACUUCUUUCUUGACGUAUUGGAAUGUGUGUUUCGUGGUGAAUUGGAGAUUUUUAUGAAACGUUAUGUAGAAAAGAGGCAGGGACUAAAUAAUAGGAGAUACACUGAAACUUACUGUGACAACCAUCUUUUGAUAAAUAAUUAUGUGGAUUUGGGAGUAGGAUCUGAUGGCGUGAUGAUGAAUAAGGGGGAUUCAAAGAGCUUUAAAUUCGAGUUCAUUUUUCCCGAGUUUGCUACUUGUAGAAGUUGUGGAAGAGGUACUAGAUUACCGUCUACUAAUUUUAGUACGUUUGGCAGUGUGGAUAAUGUAAUUAGUACAUUUGGCAGUCUGGAUAGUGUAGAAUGCCGAGUAUCUGUCGCAUAUACGCUAAAUGCCUCUGCAGAGCCGGACUCAACUUUUGGAAAAUCGAGAGGAAGAGCACUUUUAAUUUUUACUCAGACCGGGGAUAAGAAAUUAAUGCUAUACUCGGAUAAUGCCCUGUCUUAUAGUAAUGUGCAAUUAUGGAAAGGUAAAAUUAAAAAGUUUGUUGAUCUGAACUACGAAGAGUAUGGGGAGGAGAAUGUUGCUACUGAAGGAGUUGAGUGUAUUAGGAAUCCUCUUGAUGAAGCUCACAAUCAUAGUAGGUCUGUAAGGAAACUCUUCAAUGGUAGCUACAAGAAGGAGAAUUAUAGUAAGCUAGUUGGAGAUGUCCGUUUGGAACUUGAACUUUUUGUAAAGAAUAGGGUAAUUUAUGCUUCCCAAGAUGUUCGAGAUUGUUUUUUUAUAGUAAUUCGAACAAGGAUACCCCAUCUACAGCCGAACUACUUACUUUACUCUAAAAAAUCCUCUCAGUUAGGUCUUUUUUCAAUAAGAUCGGCCACAAUAGCACUUAUCAGAAAGUACACCGUGACAGCUGAGGACAUGAGAAGGACUUUUGAAGAAAGGACAAAUAUUAUCAUGAAAAGAUACGGACACGAGCUUACGUUUGACAUAGUUGACUUUACACCUAACUACCAAGAUCCUACCUUAUUGGAAUGGGCGAUACCAUUGAAAGAAAUAUUAUUUCCUGAGAAUGUUUUGAUCACAUCUAACAUAUCUAACUACAGGCCAAACUACUUGAGUGGUUGCAGUUUACUAGACAUAACUCACCUAUUAAGUGUAACUUUGAGUGUGUCUGAAGAUUUUGAGGACACUCCAAAAUCAAUUGAGUUCGUAUAUGCUGUUAAAUUGAUGUAA